AUGCCCUCCACCCCCUCCCACAAAGGGGCCACCUGUUCUGAGUGCAAAGGGCCCCUGGAGGGUGCAGUGACCGCCGCCUGUGGACACACCUGCCAGCACUGUCUCCCCCCACCCUCCCAGAUGGGUGCCCAGCCCUCCGGCAGGGUCCUGCUCUGUCCCUUCUGCAAGGAGAAGGAGCAGACCGAGACGCUCUUGGUCCCCGUGCCCCUGGGCCCUCUGGGGGAGACUUACUGCGAGAAGCAUGGUGAGAAUAUCUACUUCUUCUGCGAGAAAGAUGCCAAAUUCCUCUGUGUGUUCUGCCGGGAGGGUCCCUCCCACCAGGCACAGGUCGUGGGCCUCCUGGACGAGGCCAUCCAGCCCUACUGGGACCAUCUCAGGAGUUGGCUGGAAGCUCUGAGAAUGCAGAGAGAUGAGAUUGAAGACAUGAAGAGCUGGGGAGACCGGAAGCUCCAAGUGCUCCUGACUCGGAUUGAAAGCAAGAAGCAGCCGGUGGAAGCGGCUUUUGAGAGGUUGCAGCAGGAGCUGGGGGAACAUCAGCAUCUCCUGCUGGCCAGGCUCACGGAGCUGGAGCAGUGGAUCUGGAAGGAGAGGGACGAGUAUAUCUCGAAGCUCUCUGAGGAAGUCGCCCAGCUUUGAGCCCAGGUCAAAGAGCUGGAGGAGAAGUGUCAGCAACCAGCAAGUGAGCUUCUACAAGAUGUCAGACUCACCCAGAGCAGGUAUGAGAUGAAGACUUUUGUGAGUCCAGAGGCCAUUUCUCCUGACCUUCUCAAAAAGAUCCGCGAUCUCCACAGGAAAAUACUCACCCUCCCAGAGAUGAUGAGGGCGUUCUCGGAAAACUUGGUGCAUCACCUGGAAACAGAUACAGGGGUUGUCACUCUGGACCCUCAGACUGCCAGCCAGAGCCUGGUCCUCUCGGAGGACAGGAAGUCUGUGAAGUACACCCAGCGGAAGCAGAAUCUGUCCGACAGCCCCCUGCGCUUCGAGGGUCUCUCGGUGGUGCUGGGCUCCCCGGGCUUCUCCUCGGGGCGCCACCGCUGGCAGGUGGAGGUGCAGCUGGGGGACGGCGGCGGCUGCACGGUGGGGGUGGUCGGGGAGGAGGUGAGGAGGAAAGGGAAGCAGGGUCUGAGCGCCGAGGAGGGCGUCGUCUGGGCGGUGAUCCUCUCCCACCAGCAGUGCUGGGCCAGCACCUCGCCGGGCACCGACCUGCCGCUGAGCGAGAUCCCGCGCCUCGUGGGCGCCGCCCUGGACUACGAGGCGGGGCGCUUGGCCCUGCUCAACGCCGAGACCCAGGCGUCCAUCUUCACCUUCACCGCCUCCUUCUCCGGCAAAGUCUAUCCUUUCUUCGCUGUCUGGAAAAAAGGUUCUUGCCUUACUUUGAAAGGCUGA